GCUCGUUGACCUUUUCUGCAGAAAUUUACAAGAUAAAAUCACAUUUUAAAAAGAUGGGGAGCAAAGGCUUAUUUGUGGUUAUUACCAUUCUUGGCAUUUGUGUGACAGGAAGGGAAUCUAAAACGAAAGUGGAAGAAAAAGAAACGACAAACGGAACCGUAACACCUUUUGAAGACAAAGUAAAAGCAUUGAAUAUGGCUCUCUACUACGUGCUGAAAGCUCUCCAAGACGAUAUCAGAAGUGGAGAGGAAGUAGACAUUAGCCUCUUAAACAGGGUAGGAGUUCUAAUUUCGAAAAUUAAAAUCUUUGGAGGCAGAGUCGACGAAGCAAAUGCAUCUAUGUUGGAAUAUCUUCCAGACAGUUUUCCAAAUUAUUUAGUGGAAGAAAUGGAAGAAGCUGGGAUCAGUUUUACGACCUACCGCAUUUUAACAGCGCCUUGAGUCAAGACAUUUUUAGGACUGUUUAGUUAAAUAUUUUCACACCACACACAUGACGGAAUCAUAAAUUCAAAGUAAAGCAUUUCCAUUACCAAAAUUAGGGAAAUACAAACGAAGAAUAUUAGAUACAAGAAGUUCUUCCGGAGCUAAGCAAGGCUAU